AUGGCUAUAGAGAAUCCUUUCCUCAGGGUGGCAAAUCUGGUCAUCCAGAUCAUAUUUGCGACAAAUUACAACUCAAACAUCGACAGAGACAGCCUCGAAUUUGCACUCUACAAGAACAGUCGUUUCCAGAACUGUUCGUCUCACAGCCCGCCACCCAACAUCGACUGUAGCGUCAUCAACGGCCAGCUGUCACAAAGCAAGAUAUACAAAGACUACAUCAACCAGGGCCAAAACUACCUGAACCAGCUAAACUACUACAACGACGAAAGCAAAGCCGACAGCGGCGUCAAACACACCUGGUGCAACCUCGCCAGCUGCCUCAACGGCUUCCGCGUCAUCCCCUCGACACCACGCGACUCCGCCUUCACCUUCACCGGCAUCGAGCAGUGGGCAAACCUCAACCUCAUAGCCAUCACCGCCCUCUGGGCCCUCCGCACCGAAUUCUUCAAAAGCAAAGAAAAAUGCCCGUACAACUGCAAGGGCAUGCGGGUGUGGGACUGGCCCCCCAUCGCGUACGCCACCGUCCAGUCCGGCUUAUGGUGCUACUCGUUCGUCACCCUCGCCUCGGAUCCACACGGUGCUAGCCCCAUGUCCGUCAUCUCCUGGGUCACGCCGUGGAUCUACGCGUACGGCACGCAGUACCACCCGCUCGCGUGCGCGUUCGCCGAUCAUCCGCGCCGGAAGAAGGUCGUGCUGGCCACGCUGGUCGCGGCGACGGCGGCGCAGUGGAUCGCGAGCUGCUACGUCUUCAGCCUGGAGUACUACGCCCUCGCGACCGGGAUCAGCCACGACCCGAGCCGCCGAUACGACUGCGUGGCGGAGUGGAUGGAGGCUGUGCCGGGCGCCGCGCCGCAGUGCUCGCCCGAGCAGGUGUGCGGCAGGGACUGGCUGUUCAAGGACCCGGGGCUGCAGUCGUACGUGGAUGUGUCGAGUGCCGUUUACCUCGCUGCGUUUGCGGUCUGGAGCGGCGGUCUGGUGCUGCCGUUUUUCGCGUUCGGGAUCGGAUGGCUUGGGGAUGGAGUGCUUACGUGCCGCUGGGGCUCGAUGCGCGAUGGGGUUUUCCUUUCGAUUGUGCGCUUCUUCAGGCCGAUUUGGUUCAUCGCGCCGAUUGCUGGGGCGAUCGUCUACUUUGGGAUUAAUCUCCUUGUUCGAUUGGGACCCUUUCUCGUCUCCACCGCCGCCGUAGCCAGGUGGACGAAAUGGUGGGAGAACGACGACUUGGAUUCUCUCGGCACACAGCUUGAAUUCCCACUCUCAUUCGAAGCCGAAGUCGAUGGCGCAAGAGAUUAUGCAGCAAUCCGACUGCGUAUGGUGCUUCCAUUCGAGGAGUACGACACGAUGAAGCCCGUGCACGUCAUAAUCCCUCCGCAGAACAUCACAAACGUGCGUGUGCAGCGUGUCCGCAGUGCCGAUCCCAUCGUCCGCCACGCACUAUGGCCCGGCAGGCCGAUAGCCUCUAUUCCGGACUACAGCGUCGUGGUCAUCCACAUUUCCAAGGGACCGCCCGCUCUGGUGGUCGGCCCCUCGGACGGAAUGACGCCCCAAUUCGACCGUGCGGAGCUCGUUCUGAACCGCUUCCAAUGGAUGGCCGACUCGCACACUUACAAGAUCUACGUGCCUCGCGAUGCUUUCACGGAUGAUGAGCUGCGCACCUUGCGUCGUACCCUGAACAGCGAUGCGUACGAGCUGAACCCGGAUGAACUCACCGACCCUUCCUACGAAGGCUACAGAGUCAUCAGUGGGCCCCGGAACAAGGUGCUUGCCGACAGUGAUCCGCCAACCUCGUCGGACGAAAGUGCCUCUUCCCAAUCUUCACCACCACUCUCUCCAUUCCGAGUGCCUAAUGGUCGUCGCUUAAGAAUACCUGCGACAAACAAGAGGAAGAGACCUGCCACGGAUCAAGCUUCUCGCUCGGAUGACCUGCAUCCAAGCAUCGCCGACCACCUGCAGCAACUUGAGGAGCGGCUGACGCAGAGGAUGGACGCACAGUGCGAGGAGAAGGUCCAACGCAUGCUCGCUGAGAGCAAAGACGCCAUCCUUUCUGAGGUCGACGCCCGGUUGGAUGCGCGCUUGGCCGAGAUUCGGGCGGAUAUUGCCAACAAGCCGUACGAACCGAGAGAAGGAGGAGCAGCGGAUCUGGACAGGGAGCUGGAGCUUAAGAUUGAAGCCCGCCUUCCGAGCCUGAAAGAUGAGCUUCGCGAAGUGGUGUGUGACAAUGUGAAAGCGCGGCUGAUAAAUGCUCUGAGCCGUGGAAACUCUGCUAGCUAA